AUUAGUUGCGUAAAGCCACAAUUAACGUGGCCUCCUCAUAUUCUGUUGUUAUCUGUUCCAGAAAAACCUCAAAGAAUUAACUCAGGAUCUCAGAGAUUAUAAGUAAUACCCUACAGUAAAUCAUUUGUGUAAACACAAGAUUGGUUGGAAUAAGCUACACUCAAGAAAGAAAGCAAACAACAUAUUCUUUCUGGGUGUAACUUUUUUUCUGGGUAUAAAAUGUUUACUCAGACUAGCAGAAAAAUAUUAAUUUCUUUGUUGUUUUUCUCAUUAAUUGCUUCAAUGGCUGUCUCUUCUGCAAUUGCUUCUAAUGGCCAGAGUAAAGAAGAAUCCAUUAUGAACGAUAAUAACCAGAGUGUUCUUCAGAAGCAUGUAGCGUUUUUCGAUAGGAACAAAGAUGGUGUCAUUUAUCCAUGGGAAACAUUUCAAGGGUUUCGUGCAAUUGGAUGUGGUUUAGGCUUAUCAACUCUUGCAUCUAUUUUCAUCAAUAUGGGUCUCAGUGGAAAAACUCGUCCGGGUAAAUUUCCUAAUCCCCUUUUCCCAAUUGUGGUACAAAACAUUGCCAAAAGUAAACAUACCAGCGACUCUGGAGUAUAUGACACCGAGGGAAGGUUUGUCGCGUCGAGAUUUGAAGAGCUUUUUCAGAAGCAUUCAAAAACUAAUACAAAUGCUUUAACAGAAGAUGAGUUAUCGGAACUUCUGAAAGCCAACCGAGUUCCUAAAGACUAUGGAGGAUGGGUAGCAGCCUAUUCAGAAUGGAAAAUUCUCUACGUACUCGGCAAGGACGAGAAUGGGUUACUUCAUAAGGAAACUGUUCGAGCUGCUUACGAUGGUAGCCUUUUUUGGCAUAUGGAGCAAGAGAGAGAUGGCAAAAAAGGUGUCCCUUCCAAGUAAAAGAGACCUCUGGAAUGGUGUGGUGGAGACUGGUGGUAGAUGGGUAUGUUCAGUAUGGUGGUGGAGAAAGUUAUCUCUCUGAAGUAUCUUGUGUACACCAAGUAGAAUUUCGUUAUACCUUGUUGUGCUCUAUAGAAGAACUAAAAGAAGAAAAAUAAAAAUAAAUAAUCAGUGUGUGUCCCUGUAAGAUUCACCGUUAAAUUUGUUUUGUGUCAAAAUAGUACAACGUGUGAUUUUAAUGGGAAUGAAGAUGAUCAAGUGUUUGAAGUUUU